GGGUUCAAAGUGACACUUACGGAAGUUACAGGUGGAGCUGAAGCUUCUCCUGUCAACCUCUGUGUGACUCUACCUUUCCAUAACUGAGUCAGUCCUGAAGUGAGCUGUAUAUGAGAGGCCAUGUACCCUGUAGACCUUCCAGCUGUGGAUGACACUGGCCUGACAUCAGCAUCUGAACAGUACUUCUCGUCUUUGGAGUCAAGAGCUCGUAUUUAUGAUGAGUGUUUUCAGUCAUCUCUGACGUCAAAGGUAGCGAUAACAGCAAGCAAUGUAAGGCGGCUGCAGCUGUUUGAAGAUGCCCAGGCUGACUGUACACUGCUGGCGCUUCACCCUCCUGAUGAUCCAACGCAAGUGCUGGCUCUAUACCUGCAUGAUGAGUGGUGGUGUGUGGAUGACAUCCUACGAACAUCCAGCAAAUCCAGAAGUGGCUUGAAGACGGCAGCCUGUGUGACAGCUGGAGCAGCCACGGCUACCUGCUGCCUGUUCUGGACACGGUGCUGGUGAGGAAGAGCUGGAGGAGGAGAGGCUUCGGCCUUGAGAUGCUGGAGGAUUUCUGCUCCUCGUUCUCUGCAGAGACGUUCUUGGGAGUCAGCUCUCCAUUAUCAGCCAGCAUGGUGGCAGUGUGCAGGAGGUUCCUGCAGCAGCACGAGGAACAUCGGGAACGUCUGUAUGAGGUGGAGGCUCCAGGGGGCUGGACUCAACGACGAAACAUCUGGCUCAACAUCCAGCUCGGCCGCUACACUCUCGGUAUUAAUAAGGAGAGCAGUCCAACAUCAGAAGAGACACAGAGUAAUGAAGGGGAUGGUUCCUCUCAGAAGAUGAAGACUUACAAUUGCAGACUGGACCUGACCUCAUCCAGCACCUGUAAUGGGAACAUUCCACUGGCAACAGGCUCUUCUGAACAACAAAUUAAACCUUGUGAUGCAAGCCAAGGAGGAAGCUCCCCAAGCAGCGAGAUCUACUCUGGAACAGGAUGUAGCCCUGCAGCCCACGCCGAGGAUCCAGACCCUGGACCUCCCACCAGACCACCACGGUCCCACGACACAGAACAAGCUCUGAUAUCCAAGCCCUCUCUAUCUGCAAAGGCUCGCAGAGAAAAGCCAGAGGCAGAAGAAACACAAAGGAGAGCCAAACGAGUCAGGAGGACAUGAAAUCACGGACACAGAUGCAGGCAUUGUGC